AUGAUAAAACCACUCUUUAAAACAAUCAAUAUUGAAUUAUCAUUCAGUUGUGUUUAUCAUAAAAUCUUAGAUACUUCUUCUUCAUCAAAGUUUGAUCCAAGAGUAUUAGUUUAUGAACCAGAAAGAGAAAGACCUGAUGCUUAUGUAUUAAUUGGUGCAACUGAAAAGGUUCAUAAUGUACUCAAUCCAAUAUUCACGGUUACUUUAAAUAUAAACUACAAAUUCGAAGCUAUCCAACCUUUGAGAAUAGUAGUUUGUAAUGGUGAAGCAACAACCAAUUACAGUGAACUCUCUAAAUUACAUGUCUAUGGUAUAUUCGAUUUGACAUUGGCCGAUGUUAUUUAUCAUCCCUCUAGAAGAAUUCAAAGUGAACUUUUAUCUGUUGAUCAAGUUUAUAGAGGUACUAUUGAUAUCAAAGCUGAAUUCUCUCCAAGAUCUCAUCAAAAGUUACAUUUUGAAAUUGCUUGUAAAAAUCUUGAAAAGAAAGAUUUCUUUGGAAAGAGUGAUCCAUUCUUUAAGAUUUAUAAACAUGAUCAUGGACUUGUUUGGAAUCAAGCAUACAUUAGUGAUAUUAAAAAGAAAACUUUAGACCCUCAUUAUGAAAAGGUAAAGUUGUCAGCUGAUGAUCUAUGUGAUGGUCGCUUAGACAAUCCAAUUAAAUUUGAAUUUAUGGAUUGGAAUAAAGCUCCAACUCCUUCUGAAUUAAUUGGUAAUUUUGAAACAACAUUUAAUACAUUAGCACAUGUAAAAGAAUUACCAUCAUUUUCAAUUGUAAAUCAAAAAAAGAAAGAGAGUAAAAAGGGGUAUGUUAAUAGUGGAGUUUGUCACUUUAAAAGUAUUGUACACAAAAGUUGUUAUCCAUACAAUAUAUUGGAUUUCAUAGUUGGUGGAUGUCAAAUUGGUAUGAUGGUUGCAGUUGAUUGUACUACUUCUACUGGUCCAUUACACGCCUUGCAGUAUGGUACUUUAAAUCAAUUCGAACAUGCGAUCAUGUCAAUUGGUCGUGUGUUGACACCAUAUGAUACUAUUCGUCAAGUACCAUUCUAUGGCUUUGGUGGACAAGUUGAUGGUGCAUCUCCACCCUCACACUGCUUCCCAAUGAAUAUUGGUGGGCCCGAUCAAUUGCCCGGUGGUAUUGACCAAGUCCACAAAAUAUACAAGGAGAAUAUUGCAAAGGUUAUGCCAGCCCCUUCAACCAACCUAGUUCAUGUUCUUGAAAAGGCAAUCGGUCAAGUACAAAAUGGAUUAGCCGGUCCUUUAAAAUACACCAUUCUCUUGAUUGUCACUACCGCCGUCUCUAUCACUGAUAUUGAUAAAACUAAACAAUUAAUUGCCCAUGCUUCCCAUUUACCAUUAUCAAUUAUUAUAAUGGGAGUUGGAAAUGGACCAUUUGGAGCAGUUCAAGAAGAAUUUAGUGGUAAACCAAUUCCAGGAGCAGCUAGAAACGUUGUUCAAUUUAUUCCAUAUGCUACAACAGCUCCUUAUGUAGAUAUCGCGCAAGCAUCGUUACAAGAAAUUCCAAAGCAAUUUAUUAGUUAUUUCAAGAGACAUCUAAUUGUGCCAUCGCCACCAACCGGAGGAUACCUUUCCCAAAUUCAAGAACAACAGUAUCUCCACUACCAACAGUAUCUCAUCUAUCAACAACAAUACCAACAACACCUACACCAACAGUAUCUCCAAUACCAACAACAAUUCCCACAACAAUAUCAACAACAAUUACAACAACAACAAGCUCAACAAAAACAAUAUCAACAAUACCAACAUCAAUUACAAAAAUUAAACAAUAAAUAA